AUGGAUGUGGAGGCCCCCCUUUUGGCUGGUGACAACUUUGACAACCAUGACGAGAACUUGAACAUGAACAACACUCUGGAAAUAGACAAACUUUGUCUGUACAACAUGGAAAACCAAGCAACAAACGAACAUGAACAAAACACCAAAUCACCAAAAACUGACAAACAUAUAAAUGAACCUAGUAUUGAACAAAACAUUACUGAAUGGGCUAUGGACAGACCCAACACUGAUGAGGUAGUCAUGGACAUAACCGAAGAGACAAAUAACAAUGAUGCCAGCUCACACCAAAACAAUUCUACUAACCAACACCCAUCUCACAACAAUGACAACACCGCACAACCAUACACAAAACUGUAUUGA